AUGUCUUCCCAGCUCCGAAUACUAACGACGAACCAGGCGCACCCGUCUCGCUCGAACAAGGCGAAAAACCGCGACGCGCCGAGAAAGCAAAGACUCCCUCUCGCGGAACGAUUGGAGUUGAAAUUAGGGGUUUCCGUCGCGGAGUUGAACGGAAAAAGAAGUGUGCUCGAAGGCGGCGAAGCUUUGCGACGACGACGCGCAAAGUCGAAAGAAAACGCGCAGAUUUACGUGCGAUACGACAGCGAGAACAGAGGAGGAGGUGUUAGUAAAGAAGACGAUGAUAAUGGUUCGUCGUCGUUUGAAUACGACGAAGAGAGAGGCAAAGCGAUUUUACAACGGGUACUACAGGAGGAAAAUGAAAAGAGGUAUCCGAAACAGCUAUCGGACGCGUGGUUUCGGAAACGCGUCGCGAUGGUCACCGCGUCGGACGUGGGAGGGAUUCUUGGUUUGGAAAAGAGGAGAGAUAUGACGAUGGAUAAAAUUAUGGAGAAGAAGUUUAAACAGAGAGAACGGUACGAGGAGAUGGGUGACGACGGUCGCGCGAAUCGAAUAGCGAUACCGCCGGCGAUGAAUAAAGUGCCGGCGACGAAGCACGGCGAUUAUUACGAGGAAAUCGCGAUAAAACAUUACGAGGCGAUUACCGGCGAAGUGUGCAUUCCGUGCGGUUUGAAAACGCACGACGAUGGAGAAUAUUGGUUUCUAGGCGCGUCGCCGGACGGAUUGACUGAAAGCGGGAAGAUCGUAGAGGUCAAGUGUCCGUACACGCGAAAGAUUCAACAGAAAACAAGAUGCUUGGAACACUAUUCGCAAAUCCAAACGUUGUUGGAAGUUUUUGAUUUGGAGGUUUGCGAUUUCGUCCAGUUUAAACCGGCAGGUAGAGGUACCGGGCACAGCGGCGACGUCUCGAGACCGAAGAUGUUGAUUGAAUGCGUGAAAAGAGAUCGCGUUUGGUUUGCGAAUCACUCGAAGGAGUUGGUGAACGCCUCGAAGAAACUCCCGAUGCCGUUGUUGUAA